GAUAUUUGCCAAUACGCACUGGAGACAUAGUGACCGACAAAUCAUCUGUAGACCAAGCACGGUACUUGCAAAGCUACGUGGAGAAACGCUGCCAUGUGUUAAAAAUACGAGAGACAUUUGAUAUAAUGUGUAACUCUAAAUUCUCAAACCUUUUUAGAAGCAGCUGUGUGGACCAGUGUUGCUUUUGUUUUACACCUAGGACGGGAUGUUUAAUCAUCGGUUAUGUGUAUGUGGUCCUCAUCAUAAGCAGCAUGAUAUUAUCAAGUGUGCCAUUUUUUACAUUAAAACUAUCAGAAGGAGCCACACAAUUUGACGCGGACCUCGCGUAUUUUCUUGUGUAUAUGUUUUUUGUCGUAAUGAUGAUCAUUUGUUUCAUAUACAUGGCGUUCACCAUCAACCUGCUUAUUGGGCUUCAUCAGCACAAACAGAACCGCGUAAGGCUGUUCAUAAACUUUUUAUAUUUGGCCUCCAUCGGGUACAUCGUUUUCAGCGUCUGGUAUUGGUUUACCAUGGAUUUUUACAUAGUAUCACAAUUCUUUAUUCCUAUGGGGAUUAUUUUGAGUUUUCAUGCAUACUGCAUACUGGUUUUAAGUAUUUACCACAAGAAAAUGCUCGAAGUCGGCACUCGCACUGUUAUAUACACCGCAUCUUAAGACCUAAUGCCGUGAUAAAUGAAAAUAAACCCUUAAAAUAAAUAAAAAUAUUUUCCUGUAAAUAUUUAUUAGUAUCAUUUUCCCAACAGUAAUAACGGUUAUAAGUAAAAGAUGAAUUUAUAAACCCUAACAAGUUGACGGGAAAAAAAACAUACCAUACCAUUACUUUCAUUCCAAACCAAAAAUGUAAUCUUCCUGAUGGAGAAAAAUUCUCAGCAGUAGUAGGCAUAAGCAGUUCUUUUACAAUCACGCAUUUUUCUUAAUUCUUGUAUAUCCAUUGGCUUCCCCUUAAAAUUCUCCUUGCUGCAUUAGACUAUGAAGAUCGAGAGACGAUGAAGCAGUAGGACCUAUUAAUGGUUCUGUAUCAUUAUAAUUGUUAAGACCAUCAUGUGCAUUAUGGAACGCAAUAAAUGAUUAAGUAUUGAGUUUAAAAGAAGAUUGUUUUACUUGAAGAACUCGUGUAGUGUACCAUCUCCUUUCUGCACCUACUACAGGUUCUCUGUGAGAAGACGAGGUAGUUGAGGUUGUCUUUCUUUCCCCUUGAGCUUUGUCUGUCUCCCAUUAGCUGACAUUACCUCUGACUACUUCUUGGUUAUAGUUGGUAACUGAUAUGUAAGUACAUAAUAUAAAACACGUAUGGCUGGUUCGACCGUAUUGUAGAAUGCCAAUAGUAUAGUAUAGUAAUCGUAUUAGAGUACCAGUAACUCCUUCACCUACGCUACUGGUUACCGGUGAUGGGCUUUCUUUUCUCUCACACGUAGGCUCGUGGCUAAGCUAUAACCGCAUAAGUGAAUUGAUCAUAAGUGAAUUGAUCACAGCUCGACGCGGUAGGUCCGUAGAUGGGUGACCACCCGUGUUUCGGAAGGCACGUUAAAUUGUGGGUCCCGGCUGUUAUUCCUACAUGUUUGACAGUCGACAUCGUGUCGACAGACAUCGUGUGCCCAGGUAACUGGGUUGAGGAGGUCAGAUAGGCAGUCG